AUGUUGACAUCGAGCACCAGGCCUGAGAUCGCCUCCUUGUCCGAAAGCGUUGUAGACAAUCGGAAGCGCACCGAGCACAACAAUGAUUCCACAAGCCAGAUUAAAGAUGCAAGUUUUCUGGACAUUGCCUCCAAAGCAGUGUCUGAGGUCGAUGUGGCCGCUGAUCCUCGACGAGAAAUAUCCCUCAAUACACCACCUUUCCAUCAGAACCUACCGUCUAGCGAUCCUUGCAGUACUUCAGACUUGGAAGAUUUCAUUCUGAAGCAAGUGAUGAGUCGGUUUCCUUCGAUGGAGGUCGCCAAUCCACUAUUUGAAACUUUUUACCAACAUUGCGAGACAAACUACUUUUACUUCGAUGACGAGUGGUUCAAGGAGUUGGUCAAAACCUUCUACGCAGCUCCUCCAGCGUCUGAAGCGCGACUUGACUGCGACAUCGUGUGCCUAAUGCUUGUGGUAUUGGCAGCUGCCAGCUUAUUCGCACACCUGGAUCAGAUGCAAGAUCCCUCUUUCUCAGAUGUCAUUACAAACGAGAUUCCAGGACAUGUGUUUUAUAGACUCGCGCAGAUAAUCAUGCCCAAAUCUAUUGCGAUAGGUAGUCUUGCAAGUAUCCAAGCGUGCCUCAUCGCGGGACUCUACUUACUUCCAUCUGAUGACCGGAACACGGCAUAUGUCUAUCUUGGAAUGGCUUUGCGCAUGGCGAUUGCUAAUCACAUGCAUCGGAAUAGUACAGAACGCUGCUCACCACGCCUCCAGGAAAUUCGAAACCGUGUUUUCUGGACUAUAUACUUGAAUGAAAGGGAAGUAAGCAUGUUUUUAGGGCGACCCACGAGCAUCUCUAUCAUUGAUAUUGACAUACCAUUUCCGCAAUUCCGUGCUGACAUCGAUGGUCAAAACGAAUUUAAGAAGCUACAAAGAAACAUUGCCCUUUUACAUCUUAUCAAAAUUUGCAACCAAAUUUCUGUAUUAACUACCCAUGAAGCUCGCGCCUUACACUUCGAAGAGCUUCAAGCCUCCCUCCUCGCAUGGCGUCAGACGUAUCACCCGGAAAUUCCAUCUAGUGGCACCCACGGUUUCCGAUCUGCAGUCCAUCUAGCACUGUUCUAUAACCUCGGUUUCAUUUAUCUUGGACAGCACGAGCUCACAAAACUGGUGCGGAAAUAUGUACAAAAUCCACAAACGGUUACGACAUCAACAACGGCAAAAGUUUCUCAGGAAAUGGCAACAGCGUGCAUUAAUGCAGCUACGCGAAUCAUCGAUCUCAUUGAGUCUAUGCGCCUUCGUGGCCAACUGGCAUUGUUCUCGAUCGUCGAUAUUCACAGUUGCAGUUGGGCUGUCACGGUGCUGAUUCUCAGUUCCGUGACGUUUCCUUCGCCGGAGACAAGACACAAGAUCGAGAUAGCUCUCCGUUGUCUCAGACAUAUAGCAGCUAGCUCAAGGAGUGCUAGGAAUGGCCUUAGACUCAUCGAGAAAUUUCAAAGUCUUGUCGACAGAAUCACGGCUCGUCUUUGCCCUAGAAAGCCCCUCCAAGCAGACACAAACUCUAACUCUAAAGAUAACCAUGCGGGUGCGGCAUCAGCUUCUAAUACCAAUUUCCAAAAUGCCUCUGAUCAUUCGUUCUCGAAUGUGCUGGAUGGGGAGGACUUACCUCCUAGCACUAACACCUAUAAUACUUAUGGCUUGCAAGAAUCAGCCUCCGAGUGGCUAGGCAGUGAUGCAGAGGGCGUUCCUGAGACAUCUUUCGACUACGACUUCCCAGGUUCGGACUUUUUACUGUCCAUUGAGCAAUACAGCUAUGAAGAUCUCACUAUGUACGGCUUCUCUAGUAUUGCCUCCAGUAUGGACUACGAAGUCUGAGCUGCGAGAGGUUCCGGAGGCCAUAUGCAUAUGUGCCAAACCUUCGACACUGUGCCAUUUCUCC